AUGACUGGCAGGAAGAAACAUUUGCUGAAGGUGAUUAUCCUUGGUGAAAGCGGUGUAGGAAAGACAUCGAUCAUGAAUCAGUAUGUCAACAAGAAGUUCAGCAAAGAUUAUAAGGCCACCAUUGGUGCUGAUUUUCUAACCAAAGAAGUCCUGGUGGAUGACAAGGUGGUUACUUUGCAACUAUGGGACACUGCUGGACAAGAACGUUUCCAAAGUUUAGGUGUUGCCUUUUACCGUGGAGCUGACUGCUGUGUGCUCGUGUACGAUGUGAAUAAUAGCAAAUCCUUUGAAACCUUGGACAGUUGGCGCGACGAAUUCCUUAUUCAAGCUUCCCCAAGCAAUCCGGAAACGUUUCCUUUCAUUCUGAUUGGCAACAAAGUAGACGUGGAAGAAAAGAAGAGAAUGGUUUCGAAAUCGAGGGCCCAAGCUUAUUGCCAAGAUAAAGGGGAAAUUCCAUACUUUGAAACCAGCGCUAAGGAGGCUGUCAACGUUCAAGAAGCCUUCCAAUCCGUUGCUCGUCUGGCUUUGGAGAACUCGGAUGCGGAAGACGCUGCUGGUGAUUUUGCUGAUCCUAUUCACUUGGAUAUGGAAAGUCAAAAGGCUACUUGCUCUUGCUAA